CCAGUAGCAUGUGCACAGGCUGGCGGUAAGUUUGGACACUCAAAGUUUGUACCCGCGGUCGAGAUAGCAGGUCCAGUAUUGUGUUUCUUCCUCCCUCCUCCCCCCAUCUUGCAUUUCCUGUUUUGGAUUAACCCGGGGGAAGCACUCAGUUUGGAAAGAAAGAGGAAGGUUUUCUUAUUUUAAAAUACCUUUCCACCCCUCGUUGAAUGGUAUGUGCCGCUCUCUUCGGACUCCGCCAGGAGUGGACGCGACCUUUGCCAGUGGGAGGGGACAAUCCUCUCCCCCUGGAGAUUAAGUGGACCAAUUCACAGCUUCUAAUAGUGUUCCUUGUUUUCUUCUGGUGAAUUUUUGGCCAGCAAUCCAAGCAUUCUCUCCGCCCCCCACCCCUUCCAAGCCACAAAACUGCCUUCCUGAGACCCACCAUGGAUGAUUCAUUGUCCUUCUCGGACCUUUGGAGUUUACAAUGGAACAGUCUUCCAGAUGAUUUAUCGAACAUAGAUAAUAUACAGUUUGCCUCACCGGAGGAUAUGAACUGGCUGGAAAGUGAGGAAGAAAGGCCUGAACCCCAGAUGUCUGUCCCCCCAGUUAACUUGCCCACGUCAUCCACUGUUCCGUCCCAGAAGGACUAUCCUGGGGAAUAUGGCUUCAGGCUCGGUUUUCUACAGUCUGGGACAGCCAAGUCUGUCACCUGCACGUACUCCCCUGAUCUGAACAAGCUGUUUUGCCAGCUGGCCAAGACCUGUCCCGUCCAGCUCUGGGUCAACUCACCGCCACCCGCUGGUUCCCGAGUCCGUGCUAUGGCUAUUUAUAAGAAAUCAGAACACAUGACUGAGGUGGUUAAGCGCUGUCCCCACCACGAACAAUGCACCCAGCACAAAGAUACCCUCGCACCCCCGCAGCAUCUGAUCUGGGUGGAAGGAAACCUGCAGGCUGAAUACCUCAUCGAUGCCACCACCAAGCGACAGAGCGUGUCCGUGCCUUAUGAGUGCCCACAGGUCGGCUGUGAAUACACCACAAUUCAUUACAACUAUAUGUGCAACAGUUCCUGCAUGGGGGGCAUGAACCGGCGCCCAAUCCUGACUAUCAUAACCCUAGAAGAUUCUAGGGGUCAACUUCUUGGACGUCGAAGCUUUGAAGUUCGUAUAUGUGCCUGCCCUGGAAGAGACCGGCGGACUGAGGAGGAAAAUUUCCACAAGAAGGGAGGUCCCAGCCCACAGCCAUCAUCUGAGAGCAAUAAGCGUGCAUUACCCACAACGCCUGGCAGCACUCCCAAGGCUAAAAAGAAGCUAGUGGAAGGAGAAUAUUUCACUCUUCAGAUCCGAGGUCGACAGCGCUAUGAGCUGCUCCGGGAGAUAAAUGAAGCCUUGGAGCUGAAAGAAGCUCACAGCAGGAAAGAACCUGAGGGGAGCCGCCCCCACCGCAGCCAAUUGAAGUCCAAGAGAGGAGAUUCCACCCCCUGUCAAGGCAAAAGACUUUUGGUGAAAAAUGAAGUUCCUGACUCAGACUGAUAUCACCCUAAAUAUUCUUAUGUUUCUUAUGUACCACAUUCAUCUUCUCUUUUGAAGCCUCACCUUGAGAUUCCCAAUCCUCCCUCUUCUUCCAGUUUCCAAGCCUCAAAUAUUAAAGUGUUCCUUGAUAAAACAGAAAAAUUAAGGAUGAGUGGGGCUUACUUAACUCUAUUCAGCCCUUUCUCCAGUAGGCUGGGUUCCCUCACUUUAUCAGUCAUAUCUGAAUAGGGAGAAGGGACCUCAAAGACCCCCUUGUUUUAUAGGUGAGGAAACUUGGCCAUAGUCACUGAGAGUAAAUGGAUUUAAACCCAGAACUCCAAGGUAAUGGAUAUGUUCUGCCACAACUGCUUAGAGUCCUUGCUUAGAGCUAUGAUGGCUUCUUAAAACUGUCAGUGUCUGUGUGUGUGUGAGUCAGGUGGGCGAGAGAUCCAGAAGGAGAACUAGAUUGACUGACUUCUGUGAUAGGAUGUGUGUGUGGGGGGGGGGGGGGGGGGGGGUUGCUAUUUAGUUGUAAUUGUCUUCUACCCUACCCAGCCUAGGAUUUAAUAAUGUACAACCAAAGUGUUUUAUAGCCUGGGGAAUCCACAGGCCUUGUGGGUCAGUGAAAUUAUAUUUUUAUUUUCACUCACCUCUAAUUGAAGUUUAGCAUCUUCUUCCAUCAUGAAUGUAGGCAACAAACAUUUUGAGAAAGGAUCUCUAACUUUUACUGCCAAAGGGGCUUGACAUAAAAAUGAUCAAGAACCCCAGCUCUAGCUCUAGCUCUCAGGAAUAGUAAAAAAAAAAAUAAUAGUAAUGUGAGGUGAACUGUAAUUUCCCUUUCCACAGACUCCUUCCUCAUUCUCUCACAAAUUCUUACCCUUUUUUGUAUCUUUUUGCUAUUUUUAUAGAAUUUCUUAUUUUCAAAUAAAGAGUUAAUACUA